AUUUUUUCAAAAAUCAAAAAAAUCAAAAUUUUUUUUUUUUGACAAUCAAACAAACGAAAAAAAAACUGACUGGACACACACAGACAAACGCUUCAACACCAAACACACCGCAUAUAUAAAAAUAUUUCAAUUUCUGAAAUCAAAAGAAAGUUUAAAUUUCAAAUUGUCAAAUUCGUUACACUAUUUUUCAAAAAACUUUUUCAUUUUGUGCUGUUUUUUUUUGUUUUGUUUAAAUUUUGACCUUGUUGUGUGCCUCUGUGUUAACCUCAUUCAACAACAUCCAGAUUCCAUCAUAAGCAUCAUCCGAAUCAAAUCGAUCCAGAAGAAAAUGCAUCAAUCAAUUUCAUUGUUGAUAUUGUUUUUAACACUAUCAUCAUUAUCAUUAUCAACAACGAAUGGACAAAAAUUAAAAUGUAAUAAUAAAACACAAAAAGAAAUGGAUAUGAUUGUUGCACGUAUUAUGACAUUCGGUACUGAUCGUCCAUUUCCAAAAGAUAAAGCUGAAUUACGUGAUUAUUGCAAAGAACAAACACGUUUGGUACAAAAAUUAGAAAAUUAUAAAACAAGUUGUUUAAAAAAUCAGGCAAAAAGUAUUGUAGCGGUUAUAAUAUAUUCGAUAAAACAGGUAACAAAUACCUAUUGUAAACGACCAAAUUCAAGACGUUCAUCCGAAUUAUUGGAUUCAGCUUCAUGUGCAAAUGCAGCAACCAAUGAUUAUAAUAAAUGUAGUAUUGAAUAUAUUGAACGUUUAUUAUAUGCAAAAACAUUGGGACAAAGUAAAGAUCGUUUAAUUCAAUCUUGUUGCGGUUAUUUUGCCAUCUAUAAUUGUGUACGACAACAAGCAGCAAAACAUCCUGAACAAUGUACGGAUGAACGUAUCGAUGCAAAUAUUAAUUAUAUUCGUACAUUCUUUGAUAAUGCUAUAAAUGCAGCAUGUGGUGAAUAUAGUGGUGAUAAUGAUAAAUGCGAUAAAGUAACCGUACCACCACCAAAAAAAUCGAAUAAAAAAUCAUUACCAGCAUCAUUUUUUAAUCCAUUAGUAAAUCUAUUAUCUAAUCUUUAAUCCCCCUGGUCUACUUGUUUUUUGGGCAUUUUUUUCGAAAAAACAAACAACUAAUGAACAUUCUUUUGCUUAUUCUUUAUUCUUGAAUCAUUGUUU